GAAAAAAACUGUCACAUUUACCUUGCUAAAUUAACAACAACCCAAUGAAAGCUCCUUCAACAAAGUUUUCUUCCAACCUUGGGCCAAGGCUUAGGUAAUGUUUGUUUCAUAACAUGUGGUAAUGUUGGUUUCAUAACAUGUGGUUAUACAAAGCCAGUCCAUUGAGACAUUUAAUUCACAAUUUAGUUUAAAAAACGUAUUUUGUAUUAACUAAAACUCUUCCCAAACGGUGGAGAUUGCAUAAUAUUGAUGUCCCUUAUAUUAAAAAUAAAACAAGAAUCACAUGUGGGUAGUAUUCAGGUGUUUAUAUUCAUCUGAGCAUUUCACACAAGAUGACCCUGCUUUCUCCUAUAACCUCUCCUAUGAUAGAUUUACUCAGUAAAUGUCCAGGAGACGACUUAUUUGUAAAAUAUGUGCAGGUUUGGUUCAGUGUCUCUGGUCGAUAGGGAAAUGUAGUUAUUGGACAUUUAAAUAAUGAAGUUAUAUUCCUGACGUUAUAACGAAAUUAAUAAUAUUGGUUUAUCAUAAACGCGAACGUAAGGUCGGUAUCAUGGGAAGUUGUUAACGUAACCGUAAAAUUAGCUAUUCAUUUGACUGAUAACGUUGCGGACGUGACUGCUGAAGAGUACAAACACCCAGGCUGUGAGAAUGGCUGAGAGUUUUUUGAUGGAGGCGUGUGUGGACUCCGUGGAGUCUGCUAUCAAUGCUGAACGAGGAGGUGCAGGUCGACUUGAACUGUGUUCUAGUCUUCUUGAGGGAGGACUCACGCCCAGUCUAGGUCUGCUGCAGGUAGUGAAGCAGUAUGUAAAGACCCCAGUCUACGUCAUGAUACGGCCUCGUGGGGGGGACUUCCUAUACUCAGACCAGGAAGUGGAGGUGAUGAGGAAGGACAUAGAGCUGAUGAAGAGCCACAGGGCUGACGGACUAGUGCUGGGAGCCCUGACAGAGGAUGGACGGGUGGAUGCAGAGCUCUGUAUGGAGUUUCUGGUUGCUGCCCGACCUUUACCAGUCACCUUCCACCGAGCGUUUGACAUGGUUCACGACCCAGUGGUUGCUCUGGAGACUCUGAUAUCAUUGGGGUUCGAGCGUCUGUUGACAAGUGGUUGUGAGAACUCUGCUUUGGAGGGACUCCCUCUCAUCAAACGGCUCGUUGAUCAGGCUAAAGGGAGAAUUGCCAUCAUGCCAGGAGGAGGUAUCACUGAAAGGAACCUUCAGAGAAUUUUAGAGGGCUCGGGUGCUCAAGAGUUUCACGGCUCUGCCCGCUCCAGUAAGGAUUCUGCCAUGAAAUUCAGGAACACCAGUGUGACGAUGGGAGCAGCUUUUUCAGCACCUGAGUACGGCCUGAAGGUGACAGAUGCGAACAAGAGACACAUCACACACAUAUGCGAUGGCGAGAGCCCUAAAAUCCUAACUUGUAAUUCUGGCAGUUAUCACUGCCUUUUCUGCAUAUACAAGGGUGAGAAGUAUCAGGUCGAAAACCACAUCAAAGGCCAUUCUACUGUGAAGCACGGAGAGUUCACAAUUGUCAAGUGUGGCUUAAGCUGCAGAACAGCAACUCACUAUCAUUGUUUUCACUGCUCGGUCACAAUAAUUAACAGAGCCCAGUUUCUACUGCAUCUCAAUUCACAUGAGCAAAAAGCUGUUACUAAAGGGCACCCUCCUCCACCUGCCCAGCUCCUUCCAACCUCUCGCCUGCUCGCUCCUCCCCCUGCCCAGCUCCCUCCAACAUCUGGCCUGCUCGCUCCUCCACCUGCCCAGCUUCCCCCAACAUCUCGCCUGCACCCUCCUCCACCUGCCCAGCUCCUUCCAACAUCUUAUCUGCUCAUUCCUGCAUCAGCCCAGCUCCUUCCAACAUCUCGCCUGCUCCUCGCUCCCUGUCACCCUGCUCCGGAAAAGCAACCCCAGGAACCUCAGGAGAAACAUGAGGCCACUCAAGACCUCAAAGAACAAAGCAAGCCUAAAAAGAAACUUGUAACUUGUCCACACUGCUCACUGAAGUUAAAUAAGAACAAUUAUAAAACACAUGUACGUCGAAAGCACAAAACAGUCUCUAAGGAAAAUGUAAGAAAGGAAAAGAGCAAAUAAAAACAUUGUUGACGAUUUGACGGUGGGACAUCUUUUCUAUCACUGGAAUCUGCUAAAUUGCUGGAACUGGGUUUGAAGCAUGUUGCAUUAAGGGUUGCUUUGUUGCUGAAUUAAAGUCGACUGCACACAAAUACCACUACCUGUUCAUUUGUAGGAUCUGACUUGUUUUUGUUAUUAUAAUUACUAUUAUGU